CAUUGAUUAAAUUUGAUCACCAUUAAUAGAGAAAAGUAAAUAUAGCCAAUUAUGGUAAAAUGAAAAGAAUAAAUUAAAAAAAUAACCAAGACUGAGGUGGAAGUAGCAUGAACCGAAAAAUACAUGUCCCAAUCUUGAGCUAGGAAUGGCAAAAAAAACGCCCCGCCCCGCCCUGAGACGUUUGGGGUAGGCCCGCCAUGCCCCGUAAUGUAAACGGGCCGGGUCUGACAUGGCCUGUUCUUUGAUCAAUUCGGGUCUGGGUAUUACUUCCGCCCCGCUUCGCCCCGACCCGCCCACAUAUUCAUUUGCGCUUAGGCUUUCGUUCCUCACUUCCUCGAGAUUAAAUUAUCUGGCCAUGGAAGACACCAAAAGUCCCAGCCAGAGAAGACAUCAAAUGUCAUGCACUCUUGCAUCUAUAAACCUAAUUAUAUAUUUAUAUGUAUAUAUAAUCACCCAACGGCCAGCUAGAGAGGACUUUCUGCCUUUGCCGAUCUUCUGCGGUUUCCUUCGCACACAGAGAGGGAGUUCUACAGCAGUACAACACCGCAACAGGCAACAACGAUUGACGGAUUGAGGCAUAACACAACUAUAGCAGCGAGAGAGCUUUCUACAGAUAUGGUAAGUCAAAUAAGAAACCCUAGAUAUCAAUUAUCAAACCCUAUAUAGCCCAUAUGGCUAUAUGUUCUUUAGUGUGUUUAGUUCAUGUUUAAUAAACAGUCUCAACUCAUUUAGUUAUGUAUAUUAGCAAACUCAGAAUUCUCAAUUUAUGUACCAGCCUUCCUUUACAUAUAUGUAAUGUAUUUUUACAAGCAUGAAUCGAAACACAUUAAGACAGUAUCAUCCCAUGAUUGACUGGUUCCCCUCUUUGAAAACUAGAAACUAGAAAUUAUAAUCAUAAUUUAAGAUUAUAAGAUAGCAGAUGAAUUAAACUGGAAAUUAGUCAUCACUAUUCCAUGUAGUAGCUCUCUUAAUUAGGAAUAAAAACUGCAAACUGGUAGCCUUAAUUCAUUACAGUAGCAAAAGUAAACUGGAAAUUAAAAAUUAAUAUGGCAGCCCCUGUAUAUUAGGAUAAAAAUUAGCAAUUUUUUAAGAAAAUGGAAACAGGGACUGCUAAUUUAGAUACUUCCAUUCUUUGAUUUUUAAUUUUUAUACUUCCCCUCUUAUCUAAGAUUAUAAAAUGGAAACUAGCCAUCAUAGUUUAGGAUAGUGGUGAUCCCAAAUUGCAAAUUAAUGGUCUUAAUUCAAUCAGAUUGUUGAAUUUGUUUUUUGAUUAGAGAUAUUUAUGUAACAAUUCCUUUAUAGAACUUUAACAUGAUUUGAAUUUCUUUACUUUUGUAUACUUAUAAUCAAUGGAGGUUGAAGCAAAUUCACUACCUACCACUCCAAGGACAAAUGUGUCACAAGUUGAGCCACAAAAUUCAUCACCUAACUUGGUAGUUGAUGAAAGUGGUGUGGCUGUUGUUGACAUGCCGGUAGAGGUAAAUGUUGAUGGUGAAGGUUUGGUAGCAGAAGCUGGAACUGAAGUAGAAUCUGGAACUGAAGUGGAAAAGGGAAAAUAAAAAAUCUGGUUGCACUAUUUGAGAGAGACAAUUGAUGAAAAGCUCAAAGCAAGGUGCAAGUAUUGCAAAUCACUUUUAUUGGGUGAUCCAAAGAAAGGUACCAGCCACUUGCAUAAGCACUACCGAAGAUGCAACAAAAGGAAGACGACAGAUAUAAGACAACAACUUCUGCAAGCCAACUCCAAGAAUAAGUUUGCACUCUCACCGUUCAACAUUGAUCAAGAACUCUCUCGUUUGGAGCUUGCAAGGAUGAUUAUAAUGCAUGGCUACCCUCUUAAGAAUUAAGAUGGUUGAGCACACUGGCUUCAGAAAUUUUGUGAGUAGUUUAAAUCCUUGCUUCAAAAUGGUCAGUAGGAAUACAAUUAAGAAGGACUGCUUCAAUAUAUUUGAGAUAGAAAAGAAGACCAUGAUGGGCAUCCUUGAAAAGAAUGUUGGGAGAGUAGCUGUAACAACAGAUAUGUGGACAUCAGAUUUUCAUCAAAAAGGCUUUAUGGUUGGUACCGCACACUACAUUGACAAUAAUUGGAGGUUGCAAAGCCUAGUGAUCAGGUUAUAAUCCUUUUUCGAUAUGAUUAUUUUUUCAGUUAUUAUUGUUUUUAAUUAUUGAAAUUAAUUAGGAAGCCAUUUUUUUCAUUUCCUAUGCUGCAGAGUUCUGGUUAUAUACUUAUAUACUUUUCUUACUCUUUACCUUUAGAUCACUAGUCCAUGAGUUCUGUUUUAGUAUGGAGUAGUUACUACUUAUGAGUUUCAAUUUAGGAAAAUGGAUUUUUGAGCUAGAUUAUGUUGAUUGGUAUAAUUUACAUUCUCAUUUUAAUGUUAGAAAGAAUGAAAGAUCUAAAUUUUAAUUGUUACAAACACUUUCAUAUUAAGAUAUUUAAAUGAUAAAUGCAAUUAUUAUUUAUAUAAUUUCAACAUAUGUUUUUUGAAUUUACUUUCAGGUUUAUGUAUAUGCCAAUUCCACAUACCGCUGAAGUACUUUCUGAAGCUCUUUACACUUGCUUGCUUGAGUGGAACAUAGACAACAAAUUAUCCACUAUCACUGUGGAUAAUUGUUCUACAAAUGAUGCUAUGCUUGACUUGGUCAAAGGAAAGCUUUCUUUAGAUUCUCUACUCCUCGGUGGAAACUUACUCCAUAUGUGUUGUCGUGCGCAUAUACUGAACCUGGUUGUGAAAGAUGGGUUGGAUACCAUUCAUGGAGCAAUUGAGAAAGUGCGAGACAGUGCAUCCUAUUGGAAGGGAACACCAAAGAGAUGGGAGAAAUUUGAGGAUACAGCUCGUCAGCUACGCAUUUCACUAGGUAAAAUUGUAAAAAGCUCUCUCUUGACUAUAAGACACGUUAGAACUCAACUUACAUAAUGUUAGAUGUUGCUUUGGAAUACAAAGAUGUCUUUUCUCGUUUGAAGAAUCAUGAUUAGAAAUAUAAAUCACCGCCUACUGCAAAUUUGUUUUUCUCAACUGUUUGUGAGAUCAAACUUGCUUUAAAUCAUUGGAUUUCAUGCAGCAUACCAACUGUGCAACCCAUGGCUUCUAAGAUGACCUCAAAGUUUGAUAAGUAUUGGUCGGUUGUGCAUGGGAUUAUGGGUGUUGCAGUUGUUCUUGAUCAUAGGUAUAAGUUAUUGAUUCUAGAGUACUAUUUUGGGAAGAUUUUCUCUAAUAGUUCUGAACUUGAAGUUGAGAAAGUUGUUGAUUUUUGUCGUGAGUUGGUGAAACAGUACGAAGAGCACGACAACAAACUGAAAGUAUUUCUUUGUGUGAUUUUAACUUGUAUGGUUCUCAAAGAAAAAGAAAAAGUACUAGGUUACAGAUUGAUCUCUUCUUAGAGGAUGAUAUUCUGCCCCGCGUGACUGAUUUUGAUGUUUUAAGUUGGUGGAAGUCAAACAAGAGUAAGUACCUUAUUUUAAGUCAAAUUGCAAGAGAUAUUUUGGAUGUGUCUCUUUCUACUGUUGCUUCAGAGUCCACAUUUAGCACUAGUGGAUAGUUGAUUGGUCCUCAUCGCAGCAGACUUAAAGAAGAAACUAUUGAAGCUUUAAUGUGUGCACAAAGUUGGAUUCUCGCUGAUUGAAUGGUAAUUUAUUUACUUAAUGCUUAGUGAUUUUUUUAUACUUUAUGUUAAUUAUUUUAAAAUGUUUGUUUUACAAGAAAAAGGAGAUGGAUCACUAUCACCAGUGUUUUAUGAUUCAGAUGGUAACAAUGAGGUAAGUUCACUGUAACUAGUUACUCUUUAGUUUGUUAAUUAAUAACUAAUAGUCAAAGGCUUGAACCAUGGGUAGAUAUUGAGAACUAGUUACAGAUGUAGCACAACUAGUUUUGUAUUUUUUGUUUACUCCAGGGGGCGUUUGGGGAGGGGGUCUGGGGGGACCUAGAGUAAUCAGGGCUGAAACUCACUCCAUUUAGUUUCAAACCCGAGACCUCCCGUAAAGGUGAGUGCGUCGGCAACCAACUAGUUUUGUAAUUCCAUCUGUCUUUAUCUUCAGGAAUUAAAAGAAAAGAAAGUAAAGAAAGAGCAGAAAGGGAAAAUAAAACAUUUUAUCUAUAGUUGCUGAUAGAAUGUACAAGAUUCUAUAGCUUAAAUUCCGACAUUACAAUUUUGCAAUUUACUCUUCCAUUGCAGUAGUUCCUUCCGUUUGUUUAUGGGGUUUUUGUUUUGCUCUUGCCUUUUUCUUCUUAAGCUUCUUCGGUUUGAGUUUUGAGCUCUUCUCUAAGUGGAAAUUCCUAGGGUUCUUGUUGAGGCACACUACACAUAGUGGUACCUAUUCUAUACAAAACAAAUUUAAAACAAAUAAAAUUGUUCUUUAGAACCUUAGAUCAGUUACCUUAGCUUGUCUUGAUUAUUAUUUAUAUGUUUUUGUAGGAUUAAUCACGAUGGGAAUAUUGAAUGUUGAUCCAUGAAGAAGAGCAUGGUUGGACUAAAUCAUGGAGCAUUGCUAGAUGAUUUUGAAUUUCUUGCCGAAUCUACUGAACCAUUUUGAUAUCACAGUUUUAUUUUGAAGCUUUUGAAUUUUGAUUGUGAUUUUUUGUUGUUUGAAACUAUUGUCUGGUACUUUGGUGACCUUGAUGUGUUAUUGGCAUGUGGAGAAUCUUUUAGCUCUAAGCUACUUUAUAAUAUCGUUUUACUUAUUGAAUUUAUUGAA